CCCCUUUUACCCCCCGCUGCCCCCAAGGUUGACUCUCUCCCAUCUCUUGAUCAGCUUUUUGAUAGCCCUACCCUACCCUGCCUUGCCCCGAGCUCUCUCUCCCAUAAACUCCGGCUGCCGUGAUCCUGGUCCCCGGGUGGUCAAAGUCACCGGCUUCUGCAUGCUUAGCGGGCGUUGGCGUGCAUCAAACUGCAACUGGGUUGAUAUCUGGCUUCCAGAGUGGGCCAUGAGCCUUGGGGACUAUGCAAGGCAGCACAGACAACCCUGCAGCUUCCCUGCAAACACUCCAAGCAGACCCUGUCAUCCUGACCCUUAGCGCUUGGCUGCAUUAUCUGAGGACAGAAAAUUCGUUGAAAAGGUCCUCGAUCCUCCAGUGCUUCCGGCCCUUUCUUGCUCUUCCUUCCUCCGGCUACUUUCCAUCCACUACACGACCUCUCUCUGACUAGACUUCCAAAGACAAGACUCAAUAGACAGCUCUGUUGUUCGUUAGCCAUACCAUAGAUUUCGUCUCUGUUUCGAUCUACAAGAUCACUUACACUUGCGGAAAAGGAAGGACUACCAAGCGCUGGAAUCCUGCUCUUUGAAUAUAUCUGCUUUUCUUUUGCUAGAAUAGACGUUUGUAUACUCUUCAACUUUCCGACCGGACGCUCUUGCGAUCAUCUCUUAUCGACAGCUUCAAGCUUUGUACAGGUUCGUCAAAAGUGUCUGUUUGGGCGGCAUUGAAAGGACUGUUGCUAAUUAGGUGUUGGAAUCAAAUAGGAGGUCUCGAAAUACCAUAGCGACACGCGUCAUUAGGACACAAAACUCAUAAGCGAAAGAAGAGUGAAUUGAGUUGUCCAGGCAGCCAAAACAACCAUCAGGCCCGAAGCUCCUUCCACCUCGACUAGCGGCCUUCCCCCCUCCGACUUGAUAUUUCACCUCCGCUCUCAAAUUUUUCUCCCCAACCUCACACAACCUUUUUGCAAACUUUCUUAUAAACAGAUUUUUUGUACACGCACCACCACACUCGCUCUCCCCUAUCCUUUCUCAAAUCUACUACAUACUAUCAAUACCUCACACACAGAAGCCAAUAUGUUCGGACGAGUAGCAAUCCGCGCAGUUCGAUCUGCCGCAGCUCCAAAGGUCUCUCGCGCAGCCUUCUCCGCCAGCACCAAGCUCCGUGAUUAUGAACCAAUUUCAGAGAAGGAGAUUGCCGCAGUCUCUUUUGAGAAGGGAUCCGUCAAGCCAUCUAAGCUUAUUGUUAGCGACAAAGUGGAGCAAGAUUCAGCACGAGUCGUUCCCCUAACUGCAGAGAUGUUCAAAAAGAUGAACCCAACUCUGCAAAAGGGAUCUAUCUUUGGCAAGGUUGUCAUUGUCACUGGGUACGUUCUUCAAGUUCGGUUUAAUUAUCGCUCUAAUCCAAUCGCUCUGUCCGAUCUCAACCUCUUUCAAGACUCAUUGGCUAACAUUCAUUUUUUAUUUUAGUGGUGCGCGAGGUCUUGGUAACUUUAUGGCACGCGCCUGUGUUGAGGCAGGUGCAAAGGCCAUUGUUAUUUUUGAUGCCAACCCAGACCUUGGUGUUGAGUCGGCCGCUGAACUCCACAACGCUACCAACUCCAGCAUCCCAGUUGACUUCUACGCUAUUGACGUUCGUGACGCUGCCGCUAUUGAGAAUGCUGUUGCAUCAGUUGUCGAGAAAUAUGGCGCUCCAGACGUACUUAUUAACUCUGCUGGUAUUGCUGAGUAAGUUUCCCCUUCCAUCGCUUUGUUGGUCUCAAUCUUGAGCCAGCUUGGUCUUUUGCAGAAGAGUCGCGUUAUGCAAUUCCCUUUCUCAACUGAUUGUGUAACUUGGCGUAACAUACUAACAACUUCAUAGCUCCAACAUCCCAGCAGAGAAGUACGACCACGACAUGUGGCGCCGACUUAUUGACAUCAACUUGACUGGUUCCUUCUUGAUGUCCCAGGCCGUUGGAAAGGCUAUGAUGGCAGCCAACAAGCCUGGUUCAAUUGUGCUUGUUGCCUCCAUGUCUGGAUCAAUUGUCAACUAUCCUCAAGAGCAAUCUUGUUACAAUGCCUCCAAGGCUGGUGUUGUCCAAUUUGGCAAGUCUCUUGCAGCUGAGUGGGCCAAGUACAACAUCCGUGUAAACUGCAUCUCACCAGGUUAGUCCUAACCCCAUGACAUCAGCCAAGCAGUUUUUUAUAUUACCUAUAUCCAUAUAAUAUACAUGAUUCUAACCUCUUCCUCCAGGUUACAUGGACACUGCCUUGAACAACGUUCCCGCUCUCGACAAGCAAAAGGCCAUCUGGAAGUCCUUGACUCCUCAACAACGUCUUGGUGCAGUCAACGAUUUGAAUGGUCUCGCAGUCUUCCUUGCUUCUGACUCAUCUUCCUUCAUGACUGGUUCAAACGUUAUCAUUGACGGUGGUUACUCCCUCUACUAAUCGUUAUUGAGGAGCCCCCAAAUACGACAACGCAAACACGAAUUCUUUGAAUACCAACACCCUCACAAUGAGAGUCACACACAUGCAAGCAUACACACACCCACAAUCACCGUCCAAAUUCCAAAACUCUUGGUUAUUUUACAGUUCAGUGAUAUGACGAUGGUGGUGCUUCCUUGUUUCAUUGACACUGAGGAUGGGAUCUGGUCACUUCUUUCUAUGGGUUGGCUGCUGCGUGCUGGUUUGUGGGGGAUGGUGGUUGCUUGGGUGAUACUGGGUGCAGAUGUGGAUGCUUGAGUUUCAUGUCUUUGCGGCUACUUCUACAUAUGGGAUUGAGAAUCGCGAGAAAGUGGUACAUAGAACCUUUAAUUGAUUACAUUCCAAGUACAA